AUGGAGGUCGCUCUGGUGCCCCCGGAGAACGGCGGUGCCAUGACCAUCAGGGGAGGAGAGGAGGUCCGGGCCACAGAGGGAGAGCUACGCUGCCCCCCGACGGCUGCGCUCAGCGAUGGACUCAAGGAGCCAGCGCCAAGGGAUCGCGGCGGCGCCGAGAGGGGCGCGGACCGCGGCGGCGCCGAAAGGGGCGCGGACCCCGGAGGCCGGCCGGUGCCCCCGGUGCCCCAGGAGCUGCCCCGGGCUAGACGGCUGCCUCCGGAGGACGAGGAGGGAGAAGGCGACCCCGCUCUGGGCGUGGCGGAGGACCAGAUGCUGGGCUCAGGGUCCCUCCAUCACCAGCGCAUCCUCAUCAACAUCUCCGGGCUGCGCUUCGAGACGCAGCUGGGCACCCUGGCGCAGUUCCCCGACACGCUCCUGGGAGACCCCGCCAAGCGCCUGCGCUACUUCGACCCGCUGAGGAACGAGUACUUCUUCGACCGCAACCGGCCCAGCUUCGACGGCAUCCUCUACUACUACCAGUCGGGGGGCCGGCUGCGGAGGCCGGUCAACGUCUCCCUGGACGUGUUCACAGACGAGAUCCGCUUCUACCAGUUGGGGGACGAGGCCAUGGAGCGCUUCCGAGAGGACGAGGGCUUCAUCAAGGAGGAGGAGAAGCCCCUGCCCCGCAACGAGUUCCAGCGCCAAGUGUGGCUGAUUUUCGAGUACCCCGAGAGCUCGGGGCCCGCCCGGGGCAUCGCCAUCGUCUCGGUCCUGGUCAUCCUCAUCUCCAUCAUCACCUUCUGCUUGGAGACCCUGCCUGAGUUCAGGGAUGAACGGGAGCUGCUGCGCCAUCCCCCGGUGCCCCAGCAGCCCCCUGAGCCCCACAGGGGGGCAAAUGGCAGCGGGGAAGCAACGCCUCCCUCUGGCCCGACAGCGGCGCCUCUCCUGCCCAGGACCCUGGCUGACCCCUUCUUCAUCGUGGAGACCACGUGUGUCAUCUGGUUCACCUUCGAGCUGCUGGUGCGCUUCUCCGCCUGCCCCAGCAAGGCCGAGUUCUCGCGAAAUAUCAUGAACAUCAUCGACGUGGUGGCCAUCUUCCCCUACUUCAUCACCCUGGGCACCGAGCUGGUGCAGCAGCAGCCGGGGGGAGGCGGCGGCCAGAACGGGCAGCAGGCCAUGUCCCUGGCCAUCCUCAGAGUGAUCCGCCUGGUCCGGGUGUUCCGCAUCUUCAAGCUGUCCCGCCACUCCAAGGGGCUGCAGAUCCUGGGCAAGACCCUGCAGGCCUCCAUGCGGGAGCUGGGCCUGCUUAUCUUCUUCCUCUUCAUCGGAGUCAUCCUCUUCUCCAGCGCCGUCUACUUCGCAGAGGCCGACAACCAGGAGACCCACUUCUCCAGCAUCCCGGAUGCCUUCUGGUGGGCCGUCGUCACCAUGACCACGGUGGGCUACGGAGACAUGAGGCCCGUCACCGUGGGGGGCAAGAUCGUGGGCUCGCUGUGUGCCAUCGCCGGGGUCCUCACCAUCGCCCUGCCCGUGCCCGUCAUCGUCUCCAACUUCAACUACUUCUACCACCGGGAGACGGACCAUGAAGAGCAGGCAGCCCUUAAGGAAGAGCAGGGCAGCCAGAGCCAGGGGGCAGGACCGGCCAGCGGAGGCCAGCGGAAGGCCAGCUGGAGCAAGGCGUCCCUCUGCAAGGCUGCGGGGUCCCUGGAGAAUGCGGAUGGAUCUCAAAGGGGCAGCUGCCCCCUGGAGAGGUGUAACCUCAAGGCCAAGAGCAAUGUGGAUUUGCGGAGAUCCCUGUACGCCCUCUGCCUGGACACCAGCCGGGAAACGGAUCUGUAA